UCAGAAAGGAACAGACACAAUAGAGGCAAAGGAAAUGGCAGAAAUUCAAUAAUUGAUGCUGGUCCCCUGCCGGGAGAGUUCAUCUGAAGACUGCCCAUGGACAAUCGAUGCUUGUGUUUGCUGAAGUUCUAGGAUUCUUUUGUUUUACUGUUUAAUUUACUGAAGAGUCCAUUUUUUCCCAUGAGUCAUCUUCCACCUCUGGAAAGGUAGAGGUGACAAAAGUUGAGAGGAGCCCAGUUAGAAGACAAAGUAAUCUUUAGCAUGUACAUGCAUACACUGUGGUGUCCACCUGUGAACACGGCAUAAGGUGCAAAGUAGCUCAACAUGAGUGGCCUUGGGGACAGUUCAACAGACCCUGCUAACCCUGAUUCCCGGAAGAGGAAGGGGUCGCCGUGUGAUACGUUGGCCCAGAGCAAUGAAAAACGACGCCGGGAGCAGGAGAAUAAAUACUUAGAGGAGCUGGCGGAGCUGCUCUCGGCAAACAUUGGUGACAUCGACACCCUGAGUGUCAAGCCAGACAAAUGCAAGAUUCUAAAGAAGACGGUCGACCAAAUCCAGCAGAUGAAGAGGUUGGAACAAGAGAAAACAGCUGAUGAUGACGUCCAGAAGUCUGACAUUUCAUCCAGCAGCCAAGGAGUGAUCGAAAAGGAAUCUCUGGGACCUCUUCUCCUGGAAGCACUGGAUGGCUUUUUCUUCGUUGUGAAUCGUGAGGGGAGGAUUGUGUUUGUGUCCGAGAAUGUGACCAGCUACCUGGGUUAUAACCAGGAGGAGCUCAUGAAUACCAGUGUCUACAGCAUCCUGCAUGUAGGGGAUCACGCGGAGUUCGUCAAGAAUUUGCUGCCAAAGUCUCUAGUAAAUGGAGUUCCUUGGCCUCAGGAAGCCACCAGACGCAGCAGCCAUACCUUCAGCUGCCGGAUGCUGAUCCGCCCCCCUGAUGAGCUGGGUGCGGAGAACCAGGAGGCUCGCCAGCGCUAUGAGGUGAUGCAGUGCUUCACCGUGUCCCAGCCCAAAUCGAUCAAAGAGGAAGGAGAAGAUUUCCAAUCCUGUCUGAUAUGCAUUGCACGGAGAUUACCUCGACCUCCAGCUGUCACCAGUUCAGAAUCUUUCAUGACCAAGCAAGAUACUACAGGUAAAAUUAUCUCCAUUGACACCAGUUCCCUAAGAGCCGCAGGCAGGACUGGCUGGGAGGAUUUAGUGCGGAAGUGCAUCUAUGCUUUCUUCCAGCCUCAGGGCAGAGAGCCAUCUUAUGCCAAACAGCUAUUUCAAGAAGUGAUGACACGUGGCACGGCCUUCAGUCCAUCGUAUAGAUUCACGCUGAGCGACGGGACGGUACUUAGCGCCCACACCAAGUGUAAGCUCUGCUAUCCUCAAAGCCCAGAAAUGCAGCCUUUCAUCAUGGGCAUCCAUAUCAUUGACAGGGAUCACCACAUGCUCUCUCCUCAAGAGAACACUAACUCUGGAAUGCCCCUUCCCCGUGUCAGCCCUGCGCUGCACCCUAGCAUGUCCCCAGGGCAAGGCAUGGCUCUCUCGUCCGCCAUCCCUCCAUCCAACAGUGGCAUGUUGGCGACCAAUGUAAAUCAGCAGCCAGGCUCUGGCCUCCACAGCAGCAAUUCCAGCACCGGCCAGACAAGCUUUGGGUGUUCACCUGGGAAUCAGAUUGGAGCCAAUGUUGCCUUAAGCCAGGGACAAGCUGGUCCCCAGAACAAUAACCACCUUUUAAACCUCAAUAGCUCUCCCAUGAAUAGUCCAGGGAUUACCCCAGCACAGUUCAUGUCUCCUAGGCAUCGGGUUAGCCCAGGAUUGGUACCAAGGCCCAGAAUGCCAAGCAAUCCUUUCUCUCCUACUAUGCCUACCAUGCACUCCCCUGUGGGCAUGGCGAGCAGUGGCUGCAGCAGCGGUGGCAGCAGCAACAGGCCUUUCCCCAAUGCCCCGAUAAACUCUAUGCAGGGGCUUAACGAAGGCCCCAGCACCCCCAUGGGCUACUCCACGCCACCUCCCAUUCUGAGGCAGCCGAGCUCCCAGAACUCGCCCGGCCGGCUCAGCAUGCAGCCUGUGAAAACGGAGCCGAAAGACAGCAAGGAGAUUGCCUCCAUCCUGAGCGAGAUGAUUCAGUCUGACAGCGGCUCAAGCGAUGGCAAGCCGCUGGACUCAGGCCUGCUACAUGCCAGUGACAGACUCUCGGAGGGAGACGCCAAGUGCUCCCAAGCCACCAGCCACAAGCUGGUUCAGCUCCUGGCCACAACGGCAGAACAACAGCUGCGGCACACUGAUGCAGAUACUAGCUGCAAAGAUCCCUUAUCCUGCACGGGUGCCUCUGGGAACCCUCCAGGCAACACGUGUCCCUCUUCCCAUAGCUCCCUCACAGAGCGGCACAAGAUCUUACACCGGCUCUUACAGGAGGGCAGCCCCUCCGACAUCACCACUCUGUCCAUGGAGCACGACAAGAAGGAUACCGCGCCAAACGCUGCCACCACCCCUACCUCUCAGAGUCAGAUCCCGGGGACCCCUGAAAUCAAACUGGAGCCAGAGGCCUUGAAGAAAAAGGAGUCUAAGGACCAUCAGCUCCUACGCUACCUACUAGACAAGGACGAGAAGGACCUUGCUGCGGUCCCAGCCCUGAGUCUGGACGAUGUGAAGGUGAAAGUGGAGAAAACGGAGCAGAUGGAUCCAUGCAAUACGACUCCGGCCCCGCUGACCAAGCCCCCUGCUGCAGAGGAAGUAAAGCUAGAGUCGCAGGGUCAGUUUCCUGCUGACCUCGACCAGCUCGAUCAGCUGCUGCCUUCGCUGGAGAAAGCAGCCCAGUUGCCCGGCUUGUGUGGGACGGAUAGAACCGAAAGCAGCAUGGCCAGUGUUGCGGUCAAACCUGAGAUUCUGACAGCCUCGCUCCAGCCCAGCGCUGCAGCAAGAACUCCAAUGGGGCUUAAUACUAUUAACGGCGGGCAGGGCAUGCAGGCUGGCCGGUCCCCAUUUGAGUUCUGCGACCCCGUGGAGCCAGUUCAGCUCAGGCCAGCUCAUUUUCCUGCAACGAAUGGCAGCAGUCUGCGUUCCGGGUUACCGUCAGAGCAGGGCAGGGGGACAGUAACUGGACCAAAGCCCUUCCAGCCUGAUACAGGAUUGUCUGAACUGGAGUUGGGAGUCUCCGAUCAACAGUUUGGACAGCCAGGAAUGGGUGACCAGAUUCCAUGGGCAGACAACCCCAUGGCCUCCAUGAAUCGAGUAUCUUUGAAUAAACCAGACGACCAGUGCAUCACUUCCCAGCUGGACGAACUCCUAUGCCCCCCCACCACGCCGGAGGGCCGGAACGACGAGAAAGCCCUCCUCGAGCAGCUUGUGUCCUUCCUGAGUGGCAAAGAUGAAACGGAGUUGGCGGAAUUGGACCGAGCGCUUGGGAUUGACAAAUUGGUCCAGGGAGGCAGCCUGGAAGUGCUGACUGACAGAUUCCAGCCACAGCAAGCGACACCCUCUCUUCUAAUGGAUCAGAAGCCUGGCCUCUACCCCCAGCCUUAUUCUUCUGCUUCUCCGACUGCUAAUCUCCCCAGCCCUUUCCAAGGCAUGGUCAGGCAGAAACCCUCUUUCGGGCCCAUGCCGGUUCAGGUACCACCGCCCCGAGGGGCUUUCCCCACCAACAUGGGAAUGCAGCCACGGCAGACUCUAAACAGGCCACCGACCGCUCCCAACCAGCUGAGACUUCAGCUGCAGCAGCGGCUACAAGGGCAGCAGCAGCUGAUACACCAAAAUCGGCAGGCGAUCCUGAACCAGUUUGCAGCAAAUUCUCCGGUCGGCAUCAGUAUGAGGGCAGGCAUGCAGCCACAGAUUACGCCUCAGCCACCUCUGAAUGCACAGAUGCUGGCCCAGCGCCAGCGAGAGCUGUACAGCCAGCAGCAUCGGCAGCGGCAGCUAAUGCAGCAGCGAGCCAUGUUAAUGAGACAGCAGAGCUUCGGGAACAACCUUCCUCCCUCGGCUGGACUCCCAGUGCAGAUGGGGGCAGCUCGCCUCCCCCAGGCACCCCCACAGCAGUUCCCCUACCCCCCCAACUACGGUACGAAUCCAGGAAACCCUCCCACCUCCACCAGCCCCUUUUCGCAGCUGGCGUCGAACCCUGAGGCAGCACUGGCCAGUCGCAGCAGCAUGGUGAACAGAGGGAUGAUGGGGAACGUUGGAGGGCAGUUUGGUGCCGGGAUGACCCCUCCCAUGCAGCAGAACAUCUUCCAGUACUCGGGGUCAGGCAUGGGUCAGCAAAGCGAGCCUGCAUUCGCUCCAUCACUCAGCCCCAGCAGCCCUCUGAUGUCGCCGCAGAUUCCUCCUUCGCAGAGCCCCAUGCUCCAGUCAGCUCCACCGACCCCUGGGUACCAGUCCCCAGACAUGAAGACUUGGCAGCAAGGAACAAUGGGGAAUAAUAAUGUAUUCAGCCAAGCUGGGCAGAACCAGCCCACACCUGCGCAGCAGGGAAUGUACAACAACAUGAGCAUCACCGUGUCCAUGGCUGGAGGAAACACGAACGUCCAGAACAUGAAUCCAAUGACUGGACAAAUGCAGAUGAGCUCACUGCAAAUGCCCGGGAUGAACUCCAUGUGCUCUGAGCAGGUAAAUGACCCAGCGCUGAGACCCACCGGCCUUUACUGCAACCAACUUUCCUCCACUGACCUUUUGAAAACAGAAGCAGAUGGGGCGCAGCAGGUACAACAGGUUCAGGUGUUUGCUGACGUGCAGUGUACAGUGAAUCUGGUAGGUGGAGACCCUUACCUGAACCAGCCUGGUCCAAUGAGCUCGCAGAAAAGCACGACAGGUCCUCAGACCCCUCAGGCCCAGCAGAAGAGCCUCCUUCAGCAGCUACUGACUGAAUAACCGCUUUUAAAGGAAUGUGAAAUUUAAAUAAUAAGACAUACAGAGAUAUAUAAAUAUAUAUAUAUAUUAUAUAUUUUUCUGAGAUUUUUGAUAUCUCAAACUGCAGCCAUUCUUCAGCUCGUAGUGUUUGGAGCAAAAAGGUUUUUUUGUUUUGGGUUUUUUUGUUUUUGUUUUGUUUUUGUCUUUCGGGGGGGGGGGGUGUUGUUUGUUUGUUUUUGUAAAAGGCAUUGGAUGUUGGCAAAGUGACAAGGCAGGACAGUCGGUUUCUUGAGCCAAAAUUACAGAUGAUUCUUAUUUUUGUAAUCAGUUGCUGGCAUCUUACUCCAGACGAAGGUUUCUCGGGGAAGUGGGGAAGGGGAUGGAGGAAGAAGCGAGUUGAAAGAGACUGCUUCGGAAGGAGGAAGAUCAUCUCAGUUUCAGCUGGAUCUGUCACUGAUUCGUGUCUCAGCCCAGUGGGAAGGUGGGGAAAGACACUGGACUUCUAUCAGAAAGGCUGUUUUUAUUCAUGCUUAAAAAACCCAAACACCUUUUCUCCCCUCUGCCCCAGUCCGCUUGUGCGUACAAUCAGCUUUUUCUAGCAAUCGUGAGUUUGUCAGUUUUAAAGAAAAACAGAGAGUAUUUUGACCCACCAUUUUUUCCAUGUUUUAUGCUGGUGUUUAAAGCCUCCUAGCGAGAGAGGCCACAAUGUGUAUAUUACAUCGGGGGGAAAAUAAUAAUAAAAAGACAAAAAAAAGAACAGUUCGGGGGGAAAAGCUGCAAUAAUUUUUAGGGGGAAGGAUGAGGAGGAGGGGGGAGGGUUCUGUCAAUUAUUGUAGAUAAAAAUUUUCUGAUUAAAUAUUAAAUAAAAUUAAGCAGUUGUUUUUUUUCUGCUUUGAUUGUGCUUAACAGCUGAGGUAGCUUAAACUAUUUAAAAUAAUAAUAAAAAUAAUAAAAAUUCAACUCUCUGAUGGGAGAUAGCUUAUUUUUUUUCCCCCUCAAACCUGUCACUGUACAUAGCUCUGAUCUCUUGUAUACAUUUGUUUUCUUCCUUUAGUUGCGAUCGCUCUUAAGAUCAUCGGUUUUUAUUUGAUUUAUGAUUUUUUUCCCCUUUUUUCUAAAAUUAUGCUGGUGUGUGGAAAAUGUGUAGCUUUGUUGACUGCAUUUGCAAGAGAUAAAAACAAAGAAACGGA